UGUUCGUCCAUCGACCAAAGGAACCGAAAAAGAAUGAGCUUUGGAGCACCUCCAUGGACGACAAUGGAUCUUGCUACGAGACUAGCUCUUUGCACUUAGCCAAGACAAACCUGGGUAUACCUGCUGCAGCUGCCGUUGCGCAAGUAAAAUGGGGAUAUAUCAAAAUAUCAAAUAAUAGAAAUCGUUGCAUGCAUUGCAUGAGAAAACCAACAACAACACUGACUUGAGAGAUUCCAUUUGCUGGAUUGAUUGAUUUAAGUGCUAACCAGAUCGAGGAGGAGCCCUCGUUGACAAUCCAAGAACUCAAGAUGACACGCCUCAUUGAUUUCGUCCUCGUCGGUAUGACUGUCCUCGUAUUGGCAGGAACCGGAGCUUGCAACGCCGCCGAGGAGGAAACAAGUAGUAAUAACCAGCUUCGUCGCCACCGAAGGCUGGUUUUGGAGCAAGAUGCGGUUCUAAUGGACAACGUCGAAACCAGCUUUCCGGAUGUGCCUCAGUAUGAUGGAACAGAGCAGGAUGAAACCGUUUACGUCUUUAAACAUACAAGCGCGGACAUUCCACAGGGGCGAACUGUCAAGUGCGUGCUCUAUUGCACCAAAAAAGGUUGGCGGGACACUGCCAUUUCGUUUCACGAGGGGUUUCUCCCAAACGCCUAUUCGGAUAAAGAUGCAAGGACUACUGGUGAUUGUCCUAUCCACAGUGGAUACACCAUGACUCAAACAGGACCUCUCUAUGUCUUUCUGGCCAACUACAAUAGUGGUGGUCUUGUCAACGGAAGGCUCCUGUGCAAGACACUUCCAGAGACUCUGUCAUUGGAUAGCAUUCUUCAACAGGGUGUUGAAUCUAGCUUUUCGGAUCUACCACAGUAUCGACCAAUGAACGAGGACGGGUCUGUGCAAGUCUACCAGAUCACAGCCAAUGAUAUACCUGCAAGCACAUUGGUGAGGUGCUCCUUGACUUGCAUCAACAAGGGCUUUCUUCAAACAACGCUCUCCUAUCAUCAGGGUACACUGCCAACCAACUACGACGACAAGGAUGUUCGACAUACUGGAAACUGCCCCAUAACAAAAGGCUUCACCACAAACAAGGCAGGACCUGUGUAUGUGUUUGCAGCGAAUCUCAACGGGGCUGGGCUGGUGGGUGGCAUGAUGCGAUGUGGUGUUCUCCCUGCCACUCUUUCCACGGAUGGCACGUUGGUCGAUGGGGAGGCAACUGGGUUUGCCGAUCUAGACGCAUAUGAUGAGAUUGAUGAAGACAUCACUGUUCAGGUGUACAAGUUCACUAGUGAGGACAUUGAAGCAGGCACCACGGUCCGAUGUGCCUUGGAUUGUACCAAUAUGGGUUUUCUCUCUACCUCAAUCUCUUUUCGUGAAGAAGAUCUGCCAAGGAUCUAUGCCGACGAUGAUAAGACUUCCAAUGGCAACUGCGACUUUCACAGUGCAUACACCAUGAAGCGCACGGGUCCACUCUACGUCUAUUUGGCCAACCGCAACAGUAACGGCCUGGUGAAUGGAGUUGUUACGUGCAAGGCAAUCCCUGAAGCUUUGUCAGCUGAUGGAACGUUGGCUGAUAAUGUGGCAACAAACUUUACCGAUCUACCAAAAUACAGUGUUGUCAAUGAAGAUUUGACCGUCCAAGUCUACAAAUUCACCGAGACUGAUGUACCCGCUGCCGCCACAGUUAGAUGUUCCUUAGACUGUGUUGCUACUGGUCUGCUUGAUUCCACAAUGACUUUCAAGCAAGGAUCCCUCCCGACUACCUUUGAUGACACGCAUGAACGACAGAGUGGCAGUUGCCUUUACACUGGCGACUACACAAUGGUCAAUACGUCUCCCCUUUAUGUCUCAGUGACUAGUUUGACGGAUAGUGGUUUGGUGAAUGGCAAAAUCAAAUGCAAGGUUCUGCCCUCGGAUCUAACGGUGGAUGGAGUUCUUGCCGACGGUGAAUUGGCCAGCAUUCCAUAUCUGCCAAAAUAUGAUGACAUGGAUGAGGAUGGGACUGUCCAGGUGUACAGGUUUUCCAAUCAAUCCAUACCAGUGGGAACAACAGUGACUUGCUCUUUCGAUUGCACUAGCAGUGGCCUUCUAUCUACUACACUCUCUUUCCAGGGAGGAGCUUUACCAACUGACUAUACCAACCGAGAUGAAAGAAGAAGUGGCAAUUGUCCGUUUCAAGAUGAAUUCGUCAUGACCCGCUCCGAGGACUUGUAUAUCUUUGUGGCCAACACUCACAAUUCAGGCAUUUUGAACGGCCAGCUGACAUGCUCAACAUCACCACAGUUGACUCCUUGGCCAACCCCAAAUCCAACCGCCAGCCCUACUCCUGCACCCACUCGAGCUCCUACUCCACCACCAACCCCCGUGCCCACGCCCAGUCCAACGCCUCUGCCCACGGAUCCUCCCAUUGAAGUUGAAGGUUGUGUGUAUGAAGUGUAUCAAUUUAUCAGUAAGCAGGUGACAUCCUUCAUGCAACGAUUUGGCGCCGCCUAGUCUAGCUAGGCCCCACUCUGACCUGAGUACUAGUUUUAGUCAGGAGCCAAUGCUGCCUUGUACGUAGGGAUCGAGUGUCAACCACAGGAGAGGCACAGGAAAGGGGCAACCAAGGUUCAAAUAAUGUGUGUAGUUAAUUUUAAAAUACGGAAUACUUACAAUGGAGUGUUUUGCAUAAUUCAUGUGUCGGGUUUUGUCAUGCUGUACGCAGGUGCUUACGCUUCUACUCUUCUUGACUCUUUUAGCUAGUGGCUGGCUGGCUAG